UUCUCAAUCCCAUUUCCUCAUGCUGCAUAGGUAGCUAGUCUACUACUUCACUCUCACAAAUUUUAGCCUGAGUUCCUCCUUUUGCAUUGCUCUUUUUACUACACAGUACCUAUUUCUUGAUGGGGUUCUCAGGGACAAGUCUACAUAACCAGUUGCCGGCAGUAAUGGAGGCACCACCAGCAGUGGCGGACCCAAGUCGCUAUUCACAUCGUUCCAUUGAAAAACUGGUGGUUGUACUAGCUGUGAUAACUAUAGUCGGUGUUAUUGCAGGGAUUAUUGCUCGGUUGUGUGGUGGAAGGCAUUUUGGCAGCAAUGGGGAGCAUGACAUAGAAGGAUGGAUAGAAAGAAGGUGCAGAAGUUGUAUUGAUGGUGGAAUUCCUACUGCGCCGCCGCCGCUGCCGCCAGCAGAAGAGGCAAAGCCGGCUACAGAAGAGGCAAAAAAGUGAAAAUGAUCAUAGAUCAAGUAUUAUCAAGGCAUCAUGAAUUUGUUUUUAAGAAUAUAAAUUGGUGCUGCAUGGUGGAACAGGUCUGGAAAUAUUAUCCCACAUUGAGUUCAUAUUUCUAUGUAGUUUGAGUGCUGUGAUAAUCAUCUUCAUAUCAUAUAUUUUUAGGGCUAGAAGCAAGCAGUACAUUGAUAGUGUCAAAGGCUAGUCAUUUUAGCAUAAUCCUGAUUGUGUAUUUU